GCCCCCCGGAACAGGCAGCCCUCGGUGCCGCCCGGCAGCCAUGUCUGCGGGCUGGCAGGCGCCGUGGAGGGCGCUGGGUGCGCUGGGCCGGGAGCUGGCGGCCGAGUGGGCAGCGCAGGACGUGCGGGCCGCGCUGUGCCAACUGCUGCUGCUCUGGCUGUGCCUCAGCCUGCUCGGGGUGCGCCUGGCCUGGCGAGCCUACGGCGGAGCGGUGGCCGCGCUCUGCUACCGGACGGGCCCCUCCGCCCGCCGCGGCACCGGUCCCGAGCCCGCUCGGCCCCGCGCUCACUCCUUCUCCCCCGCCGGCCGGGCCGGACGCAACGGCACUGGCGAGCGGCACUGCCCGCCCCGGGACGGCCUGGCAACGGAGCCAGGGAAGACACACCGGGAAUGAGGACUGCCAAGACGGCCGGGCACUGUCUGCACCAUUAAAGCACUGUGCCUCACCUGCCA